AUGAGACACAUUGCCUAUACUGCUCGCGAAUUGUUGCGUCUACGCCACAAGCCUCCCCAAAAAGAUAUCUCCGACAAACUCGUCUCCAAGGUCUUAGAAGACAGGGACUUGGAAGACAUCAUCCGCACCCCUUAUGUGAACAGCCCAUCACUGUCCCUUAUUAUCGAAGAGGGUAAUUCCAGCGACGCUGACGAGAUGCAUCGACGUCCUGUACAGCAGCUUGACGGCACCGAUUCGGAUCGCAAGUACCGAGGCCGAAGUGAUUCUGAGCUUGAUCGGGCACCGACCGUUGCUCCAGCAGAUCUUGCAACCCAGAAAUCCGAAGGCUUUCAAAAGUUUUACAACUCUGUUGUUUCCCCUACACAUGUUCGAGUCACUGCUGGUGGCCGAAUCGUGCCUAACACUCGAGGGCCACACUCUCCGACAUCCAAAUGGAGCCGCGAGCGAAGCUCGAUCGAUGGGCAGAGCCAGGCUCGUAACUUGAAUGGUAGUCAGCCUGAGGGCGUCGCCUAUCCUGUUCUACCUCCUAGCUGGGGCCACUUUGCUCCUAUGGUUCCUCCACAUGCUCCAGGAACUUUGCCAGGAAUGGCACUUCGACCAGAAGGAGUCCCUUUCAUUCCUCCUCCUAUGGGUUAUAACUUGGCUCCCAUCUCAUACAAUCAGUUUCCUGCCCCUGGCCUCCCAAUGCAGCUCCCGAGUCAAGCUGGUCCUUAUGGCAAGCUUCCGGAAGCGGGUAUGGAACAGGCACGCGAUGUUCACCUCUCUCAUGCCGAUCAGUUCGAUAACUCCCGCCCAUUUCUCUACAACGGGCAGUGGUGGAUCGCAAAUGGAGGCGUUCUAUACCCCAUCAGCAUGCCGCCUCAGAUGAGCUUUGCACCCCCUGCUGUCCCCAAUCCUGCGGCUCCUCGCUCCAGCGGUGAUUUCAACGCAGCUCCUGCCAGAUAUGGACGCCCAUCGUCACGACAGCCUGACCCAUUGCCUCUUCGUUUGCAGAAUGAGCCUUCGCGUUCCGCCAGUCCUCCCGUGUCGUCAAUUCGUCCAAGCUCGAUUACCCAGAAGCAGCUUGAGGUUCUUCGCAGUCAAAAACGCUACCACCAAGACCAACUUCGGUAUAACAAGCACCAGAUCGAUGCUCGAGACAUGGAAGAGCAGCUUGAGAACAUUUGCCGAGAGAUUGAGCAUUUUGAGCGCAUGCUGGCGACUCAGCUCGAGUUCGAGUCCAGGAAGUAUCCACCAGAGGGGUUUCCUGACGGACCCCUUUCCAACUCGUCCAAUGACUAUGGCAAUAGCAACAGUGAACCCGACGGCAUAAACGCUACCAAUGCAGUGCAUCCCUCGGGCUUCGGGAAUCAAUUGACGGUCGGCAAGACUGGCGGCAUCUUUCCACAACUUGCGAGCGUUCAAACCCGGCCGCAAAUCACGGCACCCACUGCGGCCAAGAACUUCACCAAUACGUCGAAGAAUGAUGAUGUUCAACAGCGUAAGCCAUCCAGCCUUCCGAUCCAUGCUGCUUUGGCACCUGUGUUCCAGCCGCGCUCAGAUCUAUCGACAUCCGCUGUCGCACCCAAUGAGGUGGAAGAAGUCGACGAGGGGGUGCAGAUGCGGCAAUAUGAACGCAUGUACAAGAACGCUGAGGGCUGGCGAACGUUCUUCAGGAACAAGCUCCAUGCUGACAAGAGCAUGGGCCCUCCCUAUCUCAUCGGAAAACUCAAGCCAGGAGUUCGGCCAGAAAACGCCAGAGACACUGAUUAUGUGUACGAUCGCGAGUUGACAGCAGAGGAGGAGCGCGCUCGCUUCACGUAUUGGGGACGAGCACCUUUUAUCUUCGAGAAUGGACUCCCUCUAUAUGACGGCAAGAAUUUCUAUCCACCUUGCGUUAUCAAGGAGGAACCUGUUGUCGCCAAUGAGUCUGUUCCUCAAAACGCCUCUGUGCCAAAUGAGUCAAAGACGCCGCCUAUGAAACCCGUUGAGGUUGAUCCCUUCCAUGCUAUCUCCGAAGCUACCAUAUCUUCAGCCCGUUACGCCUUUGAUGACGCUACUCGCUCCGAGUCUUUACACCGUACCGAUGACUCUCUCCACGCAAGCUCAACCUCUGAGGUGCCUCGAUCUGAAUCCCACGCUGCUCAUUCUGGAGGUCGUUACCUGGAAUUCCGCCGUGCUAUCAAUGAGCGUCCACGAAUCCCGAGCGAGAAGUUACGUGCUAGAGUUUCAGACGACUCGGGUGACGAAGAGGGCAAUCUUCUCUUCAAAGGGCGCCGAGUUGAUCGCGAUGCGAACAAGUAUCCGAAAGACAUCUGGUCCACGAUGCGCAAGAAUGGGAAAACGAGCGCGAACGUAGUUGCAGGACAAGUCUCUCCAAUGACUGCCCAAGGUGUGCUGCCUCAUUACGCUGGGCAUGCCACUGCAUCCUUGACUCCUGCAGUUACGACCAACUCUCGUGGUAAUAGUGCCAAGCUGGGAGACAUGAACGCUUCCCCAACAGCAAACAUCACUGUCGGAAAACGUGAAGAGAACAGACCGCCCCUUGAACUUCUCGAUCAACAACUGCGCGGCGCCAGCCUUCAGGACAAGAGCCACCAGGGGUUCUCUACUCGCUGA